GAUGUGAUGACUAAUAACGAAAAAUGUUAUUAAAAAUUAAUAUUUAAAACAAAAGGCACUAAAAUGUGUUGAAGAAAGUUUCAUAAAAAAAGAGUGAUACGUAAAAAAAUAAAAAGUGAAAAAUAAUUUUCAAACAAAUCUCUUAGCAAGAAUAUUCAUCAAAGUGGCCGCCCCGAAAAAAUGUUGACACAUUACAGCUGUUUUCCGGCCAUGCCAUGCCUGGCCGUUGUGGUACAUCAAUAAGGCUGCUAUCGGUAGUAAUGUAAACUCUUCCACAUCGCUGCUUUCUAUUUAAACAUUUUUGUGAAGAAAUUAUUACAUGUUUGAAACAUAAAUCUAAUUCAAGAAGAGUGUUGGUUAUUCGUAGUUUGUGUGUGUUUCGAGCAGAGCCAUCAUAAUUUAAAAAAGUGUCCUUAGUUUGUGAUAAUUAAAAACAAAAUAAAGUAACAGAAAAUAUGGCUCCUACGAAUAGAAGACUUCCAGUGACAUUGUUACAAAUCAUCCUGCUGCUGGUGGGGUAUGGAGUACAGGAGACCAACUCAAUGAAAGUUUCCUUCUUUGGCGAUGGCUACAUAUCGAUGCCGCUGCAAGAGGCGAAAAUGUCGACAAACAUACGUGUUAAAUUUCGUACACAUCAGGAGAAUGCAUUUCUCUUUAUGGCCGCAGGACGGACAGAUUAUUGUCUAAUGCGUUUGGAGGCAGCGGCCAUUACUUUUACCUAUAAAAUAGAACGCAAUGUUGUCCAGUUACGUUCACCGAAAAAACAGAAGCUCAACGACUUGGAAUGGCAUGAUGUCGCCGUUCAACGCUACGAAAAUAAUAUCACAUUACAAGUGGAUGGCAACAUUAUUCGGAAGACACUGCCAGCGGAUAUGGGUGCACUGAAUGUUCAUUUUGGCACAUCACUGGGUGGCCCAGGUGAAUAUUCACCUGACUACUUAAAUGAUUUGGCCAGCUUUAGAGGAUGCAUUUCGGAUGUCUUCUACAACAACAUCAAUGUAAUCAAGCGGGCCAAGGAAGGUACCGGUCAUACGGACAGUAAACAGGUGUCCUGGACUUGCAGCGCAGAGUUUAAUGGAACAACCAAGGAUGCCAUCAGUUUCCUGAAUACCGAUUCAUAUGCUCUAAUGGCCAAAGAGUCGCACCCGGCGGGGGAAACUGUUUCCUUGAAAUUCCGCACCAUGGAAGAGACUGGAGUUAUCUUUUACAACGGAGGCUUUGACUAUGUCCUGGUGGAAAUUGAAAAUAAAAUGUUGAUUUUUACAUUUCACAAGGAGGGCAGCCAAGUGAGAUUGGCCUCCAAUGAUACAGUGGCGGAUGGUAAAUGGCAUAAGCUACAGAUGCGUUACAAUGCCGAGAUGGCUGAGAUGACACUGGACGACAUUACGUAUCGUGGUCAACAUGACAAUGACACCAAGGCUACAAUAAGUUUGGAGAAGAGUUUCUUUGUCGGCGGCGUUCAGGAGGAGUUGAGACGACGCCUCUGGCAUAAGGGUUUGAGAAUUAAUGAUAACAGUUUCAUGGGUUGUAUGAAGGAUGUUCACAUCAAUGGCAAGGAUUUGGGUUUUCCACACAUCAAUAAGUCGCAACAUUUGGAUUUGAAUUGUGUCUGGAAGUAUCCUUGUGUGGAACAUGAACCCUGCCUCAAGAGUGGGUACUGUAAUCAGUAUGGGGUGGAUGAGUUCAUAUGCUAUUGUGAUCAGUCAUAUUGCAUUAAAGCGGAUUUUCAGGGGCCCUAUAAGAUCUUUACCGAAACCAGUCCCACCCUGGAACUGCUCUAUGUCUCGCCCAUGCAGCUGCUGGAGGGCGGCACCGUUUUCCUUUCACCAAAUUUCUUGGAUAUCCUUUUGGAUUAUCGCAAAACUCCUGGCAUUUCAGACUCUUCCAUUGUCUUUCAUGUGGUGCAACAGCCCCGUUAUGGCCAAUUACUGCAAUUCUCCCAGGAGAAAAACAAUUUCGUCAUAUGUCGCACCUUCAAUAUGGUGGACCUGUCCACGGACAAGGUGAAAUAUGUUCACAAUGGGGUGGAAAAUUUCAAUGAUCAUGCCAUGUUGGAUAUGCAAAUUUAUGGCGACAUACACAAGGUGCCGGAAAAUAUUUUGGGAAAACAUCGUUUUAUGCUGCAUGCCAACAUCACACCCAUCAAUGAUCCUCCCCAGCUACAAAUACCCUCCAAUAAGAUACUACGAGUUAUUGAAGGCAUCGAAAAGAAUUUGGAUGUGGAUCUCUUUAAUAUUCAAGAUCCCGAUAGUCCACCCAAUGUGUUGAUGUAUUCCAUUUUACCCUCCACGAAUCCUCAAGAAUCCUUUGGCCGCUUUAUCAUCAACAAUCGUCCGACCAUGACUUUUUCCCAGGCCGAUGUUAACUCGGGGAAGGUAACAUUUCUCUAUAACACCACAACGGCGGAAUCUUUCAGCUAUCAACUGCUAAUGCAUGUCUCUGAUGGCAUUGAGACCAGUGACACGGUAUUCCUGUCCGUUUCGGUGCAUCCCCUGGAGUUGCGUUUGGUCAACAACACCGGUUUGAUAAUGAUCCAUAAGUCGUCGCUUUUGAUAACACCUUCAAAUCUAUCGAUCGGUACCAAUGCUGCAGAUGAAAAUAUUGAUAUUCGUUAUGAAAUUGUCAAGGCUCCCCAAUAUGGAUCCAUACAACGUCUGCGUCAAGUCGAUGCCACCUGGGUUAAUGUGGACUGGUUCAGCGAUAGUCAGCUACAAUUGGGUCACAUACGUUAUUUGCAUAAUUUGGAAUUUCCCUGGCAAGAUGAAUUUAAGUUUUUUGCCUCCUUUGGUUUUGUGACUACCCAAACAUUUGAUUUCCGUGUAACCUUUACCCGUUUGCGCAUCAAUUCCCGAAAACCCUCAACGAUUGCCGUAAAUGGUUCCAGAGAAUUUAUUUUGACCAAUGAAGUGUUGUCCUAUGAAACGGUGCCCAUUGAGACUUUUCCUCGAAAUAUUAUCUAUAAAAUAACCAGUCCCACUAAAUAUGGCAAUAUUUAUGUGGAGGGCUCGAGGAAGUUUGCCAAGGAAAUGGAUUCAUUUACCCAAUUGGACAUCGAUAAGAAUCGCAUACGCUACAAGACGCAUCAUUCGUCGUAUUCCAGUUUUCGUGACUAUUUGGAAUUUGUGGUCUCGGUGGCAGAAUGUGAUGAUGUUGUGGGCAAGGUUGCCAUAUCGUUUACACCACGCGAUGAUCUUGUCAAUAAGCUUGUCUAUCAGACGCGAGAGAUACUCAAGGUCCAGGAGGGAGAAAGGGCCUUGAUAACAAAAAAUCAUUUUGAAAUUCGUUUCAAUAUCUACGAAAGUCUGAGAUUUGUUGUGACGCAUAAACCGAAAUUUGGCAGUUUGUGUCGCUACGAUGAGCAUGAUCGUAAAGUCACAUUUGUCAGUGAGUUCAGCUUGGAACAGCUGUUUCUCAAUGAAAUCUAUUACUGUCACGAUGACAGUGAAUCGACGGAGGACUCUUUCGAUUUACUUCUGUUGUCCAGUGAGGAGACUGAUUUGCAAUUUGUCUCCCGAAUCGAUGUGAGAAUUAGCCUCAAUAAUGAUAAUGCUCCCUAUAGGACUUUGGAUAGGAUAUUCCAUGUCAUGCGUGGUGGCAUACGAACCUUGAAUACCGAUGUCCUGCAGUACUUGGAUGCCGAUGUGGAUACAAAUUCCUCAAAUAUCCAUUACCUCCACAUAUCCUGCAACAAUGGAGCUUUUUACAAAUCCGGACACUAUGUGGACAGUUUUACCCAGGAUGACAUAGCCAAUAGGCGCAUAAUGUUCCAGCACACGGGGGCAGAUGUGGGCACGGCAUCAUUCAUUGUCAGCGAUCAGAUGCAUAAUGUCGAUGGGCUGCUGGAAAUUCAUGCCUCCGACGCAUUUGUGUCCAUGCUACCGCCAAAUGCCACCAUUGUGCAGGAGGGUAAAUUUGUCAUCCUUCGCAAUAAGGAUUUUGUUUUGGAAACCAAUUUAGAUAUGAAAUUGGAUGAAAUCUAUUAUGAGGUAAUCAAACCACCAACCUAUGGUAUACUCAUGUAUUUGGGUCGCCCACGGGCGAAUGAUGAUGCCUAUGGCUCGUCGUCGUCGUCUCAUUAUAAGUCAUCGAAUUUAACUUCGUUGAGUAAUUUUACGCAUUUGGAUAUAGAACGGGAUAGGUUGGUUUAUUGGAACACUGAAAUUGCUUCCAUGGAUAAGUUGAGAUACCGUGUCCACAUCAAAAACAUCAGUGCCGAAGGUGAGGUUAUAUUCCGCAUAUAUCCAUCGGCCUAUUGGGAGCCACUGCAGGUGAAGAAGAACCAAACACUGUAUGUUGAAGAAUCGACAAGUGUUUUGAUUUCCCGGGAUGUCUUAGAGGUCGUUCAUCCGAACAUAUCGCCUGGUGAUAUAACCUUCCUGGUCACAGCCUCGCCUUUGCAUGGCUAUUUAGAAAUGCAAUCGAUGUCCUUCGAUGAUGAAUACAAUUGCAAGGUGUUCGAUCAGUCCGCAAUAAAUACAGAGAAAAUGUUCUACAUUCAGGCGGGUGUUAAUCAAUCAAGUGAUUAUUUUAUAUUUGAUGUGACCAAUGGCAUCACUUGGUUACGGAAUCUAAUGUUACGAAUUGUAAUUAUACCGGAGAAGUUGUAUAUGCACACCAACACCAUAUCGGUGGUGGAGGGUAAAACAUUACAGCUCACCUCUGCUGAUAUUCAACCAUUUUCGGAAUAUUAUCGUGGCAAGAUAUUGGAAUAUAUUAUUAUCACUAGCCCUUCGGCAGGGUAUAUUAUGGCUUCGAAUUCCAAGGUUAAGAGAUUUACGCAGAAACAAUUGGACCAGGGUGCCAUUCAGUAUAUCCAUAAUGGUAGUGAGAAUUCGACGGAUACCAUGACAUUGAUUGCUACGGCCAGGAAUAAGGAGAGUGUGUCCUUUGAUUUGGAAUUCUCGGUGGUGCCGGUGAAUGAUGAGCAGCCCGUGGUAGUGACCAACACGGGGUUGCAGGUUUGGAAUGGCGGACGUUAUAUUAUACGCUAUACGGAUUUGAUGGCCCGUGAUUAUGACACCCCGCCGGAGAACAUCACCUUUGUGGUGAAUCAUAUUUAUGGUGGCUAUUUGGCCUUCAAAAGCGAUCCGGAGUCAAAAAUCGAUAGCUUUACCCAGAAUGACAUUAACAAUGAGCAGGUCUAUUUUAUUCAUGACUCAAAUUCUCGACGCAAUGAAAUGUCUUUUAUGGUCACCGAUGGCCUUUUCAAUACCACGGAACAAGUUCUAAACAUAGCCAUAAAACCCAUUGAAAUUAUAGAGGAGCGCAAUGAAAAUCUCCAUGUCUUCCCGUUGACAAAGAAACAAAUUCUCCGGGAUCAUCUGCACUUCCGAUGUUCGGAUGAAGAGAGGGAGAUACGUUACAACAUAACUGUGCCUCCGAAUCUAGGACGCAUCAUCAAUGAAUAUCAAAUAAUGGAUAAUGGCCAACCGAAAGAGGUGAACGAAUUCACCCAGGAUGACAUCGAUAAUGGUCAUAUCUUCUAUGAACACACCGCCGUGGUCAUUGAAUUCCGAAUAAAUGAUUCAUUCAACUUUGAUGUCAUUGCCAAACGCAGUGAUCGUCUGCUGGAUCAGAAGUUUAAUAUUGAAAUUUCUGUCUCAUCUGGUGGUCUCUUGAGAUUUUUGCCAGUUUCAAAGCUGAAUGUUGAUGAGGGCGGUUCGGUGCCAAUAAAUUUGGAUUUUUCAAAAAUGUUGGAAUAUCUCAAAACGCGUGCGGGUAUUAAUAAUCCGGAAUUGUUUAUUGAAUCGGUGCAGAGGCCCAGCCAUGGUACCAUUGGUCUGGGUCAUGAAUUCCGGCCAACACAGAAAUUCCAUCCCAGCGAUUUCUUUACGAAAAAGGUUUACUACAUUCAUGAUCACACCGAUACGCUGGAGGAUACCAUAUUGAUGUCGGUGUAUUUGGAACAGGGGCACAUCUUUCUCUGCAAUCUCACCGUUCCCGUUUCGAUUAAUCCCAUCAACGAUCAACCCUUUAACCUGAUUACACAUCAGCCACACAUGACAGUGGUGGAGGGAGAGAAUCGCACAAUAACCCGCAACAUUUUGCUAACCGAAGAUAAGGACACCCCUCCGGAGGAUAUUGUCUAUGACAUUAUGAGUGGUCCAACAUUGGGGGUGCUGAAGAAAAUCUCCAAAGAAGGUGUUGCCGAAGAAUUGCUGGCCUAUUCAAAUCAAUUUACCCAAGCUGAUAUUAACAAUGAUCGCAUCGUUUAUAUACACUUUGGCACCCCGCAAUCGACGACAUUUUGUUUUACGGUGUCGGAUGGUAAAUUCCAUCCAGCUUAUGAGGUAUUUACCAUAAAAAUCGCUCCCAUUGCCAUAAUGCCGACGGCAACACAAUAUCCGGUUACGGUGCAACAGGGCUCCACAACGGCUGUCAUGAAAAUGGAAAAUAUUGGCAUUAAAACCAAUGCCCAGGUCCAGAGGUUAUCCUAUAAUAUUACCAAUUCUCCGCUCUAUGGCAUAAUUGUGCUCAAGCAUCAGCCUACGCUGAGAUUUAAUCAUCAACUUUUGGAAAUGGGUCAAAUUAAUUAUAUGCAAACCGAUUUGAAUCGUUCGAAUGAUACCUUCCAGGUUAGUGCCUAUGUUCCGGGUACAAAUUAUGUGGCCACAGCGGAUGUUUUGGUUCAAGUCGAACCGGUUAUCAAAAUUACCGAUAUUCCCAUGCAGGGGGUACAGGCGGGAGAGAAAAUACGUUUGAUGUCGCUGCUGGUCCCGGAUAAUCCGCUGUCGUUGAAAUUGAAUAAAUUUAAUCCGAAAUUUUUAAUAACCCGUCUACCCACAACUGGGCAGAUACGUAAGAUUAUUCGGAGUUCGGGUUUGUCGUCUGAUGCCCAAAAUGAACGUCCCACCAGCUCGUUUUCAUUUAAGGAACUACGUAGCGGGGUGGUGUAUUUUAUACCCCAUGAAUCGGCGGCAAAUACCCGGGCAGAUAAUGACAGUUUUGAUUAUCAGCUGCAUAUCAAAACGGUGCAACCAGCCCAGGCCUCGGUGAAGAUAAUCUAUCGCAAAGCGGCUGAUGAGACGGCCACGGAUGUUACCAAGGCCUCGACAGGGUUCUCUUUAAAUUAUGUGGCCAUCAUAUGUGCGGUGCUGAUUUUGUUGAUGCUGGUGCUGAUCAUAAUGUUGGUUCUGAAGUUCCGUUACCUAAAGAAACAUAAAGCCAAUAUAUCGAAGGAUCAACCCCCUUCCCUGCCUUGUCCACCUGACUUGACUUCGGUUAGUCCCCAGCAUCAUCACCAUCAUCCCCACCACAGUCAUCAUCCACAUCAUUAUGCCAGUUCGGAGGCAGAUUCAGUGCCGGUGACUGGCAAUUCAACACCCCUACCCGGGUUCAGUAAUAUACCCCACUGUAAAAUUAUACCCGUGGAAUCGUAUAAACACGAUUUUCCCGACUACGAUCCCGAUGAAGAUGAAACCGAUGACCAAUGUGAUCCCCAGCAAAUGAUGUUGCCACAACGUUACAAUCCCUAUCAAUUGGAAAAUGACACCUGGAGUUCGUCGUGUGAUAUGGCCAAUGAUUUUGCGGGAUAUUCAAGUGUGCCACAGAGUAGUGGGCAGGCUGCCUCUGCCUCGACGCCGCCCUCAGCGCCGCCAAGUAAUCCAUUGCUAAGGCGUAAUCAGUAUUGGGUCUGAAAAAAAAUCCCAUUUGCCCAAAAAAAUGGGGUGGGAAUAGUUGUAAUUAUUUUUAAUAUUUUUAUAUAAGAACAAGAAACGAACUUAACAAAAUAUGAAAAAAACGACACAAGUGCUUUAAAAGUGCCUUUAAUAACUUAAUAUUUUUAUGAACUAUUUUUUUUUACAAAAAAAUAUAAACUUGCCAACAAAACCCCAGUUCCAUGCCAAAAAAAAAAGGAAAAGAAAAUCGCUGGACCAAAAUUGUUUUUAAAAUAAUGCCAUUACCUUCAUUUUGCUAUACCCUAAAAUAUUUAGUCCUAGAAAAUUGUGCAUAACUUAGUUGUAGGUUAGUUUUAAGAAAUACGCAUUUUUAAGUUAGAUUUUUAAGAUUUAAUGCCAUUUCUUGUCGUUGCCAUAAUUAACUAUUUUUUUUUAAAUAAUUACUUCAUUGCCAUACGAUUUUCAUACAUUUUUUAACAGUGGCCAUAGCGUUUGUAUUUAAAUAAGAAAUAAUUUAAUUUUAUACAGUUCAGACAUAUCGCAAUUUAUAAGUUAAGAUUUUACAUUCUUUACUCAUAGUUUCGUUAAGUUCAGAUUGACUUACCAAGAUUCGAAUAAUUUAUUAAUAAAUGACAAUAACUUAUCGAUUAUUUAAAAUGGAUGUGCUUUUCUUUGAUUCGCCUUUAGAUUUUUGUAAACACUGGAACGACUAACGCCUUACUCUGUCUAGAAUUGUCGGCUCAGGGAUAUGGAUAGGCAUUCUAAAGUAAUUUAUCUAGUUCCUUUGUUAAUUUUUUUGAGAAUUCAGAGAAUACGAUUUAUGUAGUGGUAUUAGGUUUGAUGGUAUCGAGCUACCUCAUCCAACAGUGUUUGGUUUGAUAUCA